AUGCAUAAGGUGAAUCUGGACUGGCCUAGUGGUUAUAACUUGACCUGUUCUUCCAUGAGUUGCCCACACUUCUGGAUUAAUAUUAGCUUCCACUGUGGGGAAAUAAAGGAUUUGUCCUCGGGCUAUAAGAAUGCUGACCCCAUACCUGGCAGUCGCCCUCAACAAACAUGGCGCCGAUGGCCUCAGUACGUCAAGCGACACGCCCUCCGGCCUCUUCCGGCGCUUCUUUUAUCACCGCAGCCGGAAGCCGAGCGGCAGAGUGGGCGGUCUGGCUUUCGGGCCGGCGGCGGACUGCUUGGCUGUGUGGCCGCGCGCUGGCGCUGCAGGGAGGGAUGCUGUGCCCCUGGGAGAGCCCGUCGCGGGAGCGCAAGGAGCUGGACAGACUCUGGAGCUUCCACGCUGACUUCUCGGACGACCGGCGCCAGGGCUUCCAGGAGCAGUGGUAGCGGCUGCUGCUGCGCUGAGUUCCUGUUCUGGGCUUCAUUCUGCAUGACCCAUCUCAGCAGGAGGGCCAGGGACCUCAUCCUCUAUGGCACCAAGGAAUUCAGCUUCCUGCAGCUCUCAGAUGCCUACAGGGCCCCUGAGAAUUAUGCUAAAUCUCUUCAGCCUGUGCUCAAUAAAUGGAAGAACAAAGGUUGGAUGACAGCACAUCUGUUUACAGCAUGGCUUACUGACAAUUUUAAGCCCACUGUUAAGACCUACUGCUGAGGAUCCAAGAUGACUGAAUAGGAACAGCUCCAGAAUGCAGGUCCCAGCAAGAACAAUGCAGAGGGUUAUCACCUAACAGCAAUAAACCUCACAUGCACAGCUUUGGGAUGUUGGAUAAACCUGUGCCCAGGCAGACGUGGGGAACCCAACUCCAUGCAGACAGCAGCCCUGCCUGGAAUCGAUUUUCUUUAUCAAUGUUAGAAAUGACAUUGAAGAAAAUAAUUUUAUUUGGGCACCUGAUAUAUUUCAUGAAAGCUAGCAU